GCACGCUUAAUGCAAUUUUUCAAAGCUUUAUUCUUUAAUCGCUUCUUGCUGUCAACUUUCAAAACUUUUAUGAUUAAUAUUAUUAUGAUCGCCGUAAAAUGUUGAAAUCGUUUCACCCUCGUAUAUUUUUUACAAGCAUAAAUAAACUAGCGCCAGUGCCAGUUAUGAAAUCGCAUUUAGUUUUCAACGCCACCCUCAAUAUAUGUUUAGAGCUCACACAAACCGUACAAGAUAAAUUUAUCUGUUCGCUUAAUCGCUCUCGUUUAUUAUAUCGUCAUAAUAUUUUUACCUGUCUGCUUUUUCCUUCUAUUACCGCCGUUAUAGUAAACAAAUCAAUGAUACGGGUAAAACAUUAUGAUUUAAUAACCUGCCGAAAUAUGCAUAAGUCAUGCAAUCCGUAACUUCGCCUCGAGGGUUUACUGUCGUGUGUCAUGGAAUCGGUGGGGUCACGUGACCAGAGCUAUUUGUCUCCGUAUCUGUCGGCGAGAUCACGGUUACCACUUUGCCUACCCGAAGACUCCGCUGUAGAGAUGGCACUGGCACCUGAAUCGUCUAAAAUCGAACAACAGUCGCAAAAGACGCUCGUCGUCGAAGUGGUGUCCCUGAAACCGAUCGAGAAAUUCCGCAGGGCCGUUGCAAAAAUGCCUAGGUUCUCCAAAAAAGAAAUUGCGACGCCAUCAAAAUCUAGAGGCGUUUCGAAGGUUCUAGGCACGGAUGGCGGUAUAGUUCGAUUUGACGGGGGAAGGGCAAGUUUGAGGUUGCCGUCGUCGAGUCGUAACGUACCAAAAUCCGAACCUAUGGAUUUAAUAAGGGAGAACCAGGCUUUGCACGAGCGCCUGCGGGAUGAGUCGGCUCGUUAUGAAAGACGUUUAGAUACAUAUAAAUUGGCACAACAGAGACAAGCUGUACUUGUCAGCAGAUUACAAGCAAAGGUAAUGCAGUACAGGGAGCGGUGUACUGAGCUCGAAAGAGAAAUGCGUAGCAGUAUUCCUGCCAUCGAUAAUGUUAGAAACUAUCGCGACUCUAUUAGAGAUUAUCAGUCAUUAGAUUUGGAUUCAGCUCUACGAGCUCUCGAACAAGAAAGAACAAAAUCCGAGAAAAUUAUGGAAUUGAAUUCUACUCUUAGAGAACAAUUAGAUGAUGCUCAGACAAGUAAUGAAACCUUAACAGCUGAUUUACAAAAACUAACGAGUGACUGGGAAAAAAUGAGAGAUGAAAUGAAUGCUAAAGAAGAUGAAUGGAAAGAAGAAGAACAAAUGUUUAAUGAUUACUGCUCUUUGGAACAUGGAAGAAUGAUGAACCUCUGGCAAGAUGUUGCUCAAGUGAAACGUAUGUUUAAUGAAAUGAAAUCAUCAACUCAGCAAGAUCUGAAUAAAUUACGAGGUGAGCUUUCAUUAGCAUCAAAUGAAAUGGUGAAUACAUGUAGUGGAAUUGUUAAUACUGUUAAACGAUCAACAUAUUCUGAGGAAAAGCAAUAUGAACAAAUUGUAAAAGAAAAUAAUACAUUACAAAAUAAAUUGGAGCGGUUACAGCACGAUUAUGAUAAUUUAAGCUCUCAAUUAAGACAAAAAGAAAUGCACCUUGAAGACUUAAAAGCAAACCUUUCAGAAAUUGAAGACAAAUACAAUGAUGCUAAUAAAAAUGAACUAGAUUCUAAUAAUUUACGCACGGAUGUAAAUGUAUUAAUGAAUGGAAUGCAAGAAAUAAUUAAAGUCCUUCAAAAGGAUAAAGACAUUUUUGGUGACUUUAUUAAGCCUCCAGCUAUUCCUCACUUUCAUCUUAGUUCUGGAAUAAUUAAAACUGAUCUAAAUAUUAAACCAGUAACAGCGACAAGCAGUUUUGUUGAUAGUACAUUAUCAGCUGUGCAAGCUAUUGUUUACAGAUACCAAACAAAUAUCCAUGAGCUGCAAGUUCAAUUGUCAUCUUGUGUUGACAAAAUGUCAGAAACAAAAAAACAUUGUGAACAGUUAGAAGUAUUAGAAAAAGACUUACAAGUUAAAAUUGAUGAACUUGGAAAAGAAUUAGAUGAAUGUCGUUCUAUUAACUCUCGGCUAAAUCAUGAACGAGAUUCACUGACUGAAACAAUUGAGAGAUUACGAAAUGAAGCUCAAUCAUUGCAGAAAAAUAGAAUGCAUGUUAGCGCUGUGGUUGAAAAUAUGAAUGAAGAUUAUGAUAAAGUACAAAAAACAAAUGCUAAACUCCAAAAGUUGAAUGAUACAUUAGAAGAUGAAAAAAUGUUCCAACAAGGAGAAAUCGAUAGACUUUUAAAAGAAAUUGAUUUAAGAAUUUUAUCAGAAAAUGAAAUUCAAGAUAGGUGUAGUUGUUUGAAAGAAGAACUUAUAAGUGUUAAAGAAGAAUUAAAUCAAGUUUAUUUAGAUAAAGAUCUAUUAGAACAACGUUGUCUUGAAUUUGAAGUUUUACAAGCUAAAAUGGAAAAAAUUAAAGGUGAUUUAGAAUCUGAAAUAGAAAAACUCGCUUUGGAUAGAACUGAUUGUCAAGAAUCACUGGCUAAAGCAGAAUCAUUAAUCCUCGAUGGGACAACUGAAAAACAAAUAUUACAAAAAGAACAUGAUAAACUAUCUGAAGAAAAAAAAAAUCUUCAAAGUCAAGUAGACGACUUAUCUGGCGACUUGAUUGCAUUGCGUAAAGAAAUAUUACAAAUGGAGCAAGACAAACAAGAUUUAAAUAUUGCGUUAACAAAUGCUACAGAGAAAUGGAAAGCAUUAUCUUUAGAUAAAGAAAAAUUGGAGACAGAAUUAGAAGACAUUUUAAAAGACAGAACUCACAUAGAAGAUCAAUUAUCAAAUGAUAAGCAUAAAAGAAAAGCACUUAAUGAAGAAAUUAUAAGACUGAAUCAAAAACUUGAUCACACAUUAGAAACUAAUUCUAGAUUAAAUAAUCAAUUGCAAAACAUAUUUAAAGAAAAUGAACAAAAACAGAUUGCUCUUGAUGGGUGUACAAAGCAGUUGCAUAAUACAGAAAAGCAACUGUCAUCACUUCAUGGAGAAAAAGAAAAUCUUGAAGCUAUUUUGUAUGAUAUACAGAAUAAUUUAGAAGUAUCAGAAAAUAGAUGUAAACAAAUUGAGCGUGAAAAACAAGAUUUAUUAAUAAAACAAGAAACAAUGAGAGGUGAAAUUCAUCGAUUAUGUAAAGACAUUGAAAGUUGUGAACAAAUAGCGAAUAAUACAAAAGCUGAACUCCUACUUCAAUAUAGAACCUUAGAAACUGAAUUUCAGCAAACAAUUGAUACAUUAAAAAAGAAAGCUGAAGAAGAUGUUUUAAAAUUAAUUAAUGAAAAAGAAGCUUUAAAAAAUAAUUAUGAAAGAAAAAUCCAGGACGAUUUAAAUCGAUUAGGAAAAACAAAGGAUAAUGAAAUUGAAAAACUUAAACAAAAACUGGAUAUAUUACAAAAAAAUAUAGAAACUAUAACUCAGCAGCAUGAUGAAGCUUUAUUAAGAGCUGAAAAUGAAAAACAGCAAACUCUAUUAUUAGUUCAUAGAGAUCAAAAAGCCAUAAUAAGUAAAUUAGAAAAUGUCAAAAAAGAAUUGGAAGGAGAAAAAGAAGGCUAUGAACGUUCACUAAGAGAAACUCGUGGCAAGCUAGAAAAUGAAAAAGGAAUAGUAAUCUCGCUGCGUGAACAAUUAGCUAAAAUAAAAAAUGAACUUAACGAUAUGAAAAUGCAAUCUGAAAGUGAAAAAAGACUUUUGAUUGGCCAAUUAGAUGAAAUUCAAGAAGAUCGUGAUAAAAAUAUUCAACAAUGUAUGGAGGUUAAAUCUCAACUCGCUAUAGCUGAAGAUAAAUUGGAAAACUUGCAUUCUCAUUUAAAUGACACUAACCGUAGACUGAAAGAAUCGGAAUCUGUUGCUGAACAUAUUCGAAAAGAAUUAAUGGAAACAAGAAGAAACUUGAAUGAAAUUAGUGUUGAAAAAGAAAAAUAUCUUACCUCUAAUAAAGAGUUACGAGAAAUCAUCAAACGAUCAGAGAUUGAUAAGCGUGAACAAGGGAGAACCUUGGAAGAAGCAAUACAAAAGAUUACAUUAUUAGAUGAGAAGUAUAAUCAGGUUGAAAGUGAACGAAUGCGACUAAACGCAGAAUGUAAAGAUGCUAUUAAACGAUUAGAAGAAACAGAAAAAACAUGUAAAGCUCUUCAAGAAGAUUUACAGCGUGCAGCUGUAACAGGUGAAUCACGUAGAAAUGAACAAAAACAAUUGCAAACUAAAUUGGAUGCUGAAUCAGAAGAACGAGAAAGAGCUUGUGAACAUGUUCAACAACUCAAAAGAAAAGUUAAUGAGUUGGAAGGAAUAUUAGAUGGUUAUGAACAAGAAGUUAUGAGAUUGCGUCAUCGUAUUGAUGAAGAUGAAAUGCGAUGGAAAACCCGUGAACAAGAAUUACUUGAUCGUCUUGAAGAUGAAGUAAGUCAUGAACGUAAACUAGAAGACCAAAAACACAAUCUUGAAGUUUGUUUAUCAGACCAAAGUUCACAAAUUCAAGAUUUAAAAUGUAAAUUAGGGACAGCUGAAAGUCGGUUAAGGUCAACUGAUACACAAUUAACUGACCUGGAACGAAAUAAAAAAGAUGUAGAAAAUAGAUUAAGUACAAUUUGGUCUACUUUAAAACGUGUUACCGGUAUGCAAGCAGAUGGUUCUGUUAGAAUUAGAAAGUGGAGUCCUAGCAGAAUGCUAGAUGGUACUUCUGAACCCAUUCAUUCUGAUGGAAAAAUAAUAGACCCUGAAGUAAUUAAAAAAGGAGCUCGAAAUCUCAUGCAACAGGUAGCUCAAGUAGAACGUGAAAAAGAUGAUUAUAAAUCUCAAAUUGAGACCAUGGGCAAACAACUUGAAGAAAUAGAGGACAUCCAUAAAAAAACUGACACUAAGUUAAAUUCAACAAUUCAAGUUCUAAGAAGACUCCAAGAUGAUAAAGUUGAUUUAGAAUCAAAAUUAAGCCAAAAACAAUCAUUGGUUUCUUCUCAGGCAGCUGAAAUAAAAGACAAAAGUGAUGAAUUAAAAAAGAAUAAAGAAAUCUUAAACAAUCAAGAGACAAUAAUAUAUGCUGAUCAAAAUGAAAAAAUGAAAUUAAAAGAACGUCUUGAAAAGCUUAAAGUUCAUUUGAGUCAAUUAGAGACUGAAAAAAUACAUUUGCAAGAUGAAUUAACUCGUACUGAAUCUAAAGCAACAAAAUUAGAAAUAAUUAGAAUUGGAUUAGAUGGAGAUUUGCAGCGUUUACAAAUGAUGCUGCAAGAAAAGGACAGUGUUAUAGAAAAACUUGAAGAAAAAUGUGAAAAUCAUUCUAAAGCAGCUUCUACACUUGAGGAAAGAUGUGCUUCACUAAAUGCUGCCAUUGAGCGUCUAAAUACUUCAUUAGCACAAGCUUCAGUUAAUGAAUGUGAUUUAAAAGCUCAAAUUCAAGCACUUCAAAGAUCACUACAUGAUGCUUCUAUUAGCUCUGUACAACAUAGUGAUAAAUAUAAACAACUACAAAGAGCAUUACAAACUUGUGAAAAUGAAAAAAAAAUUGCUCUUGAACGUUUAGACAUUGCUCAACAUAACUUAGCUGAUUGUCGGCGUGAUCAGCUAUCAGUUAAUGAGUCUAUUUUGAAACUACAAAUGGACUUAGAAAACAAAGAAGUACAAAAAUCUCACUUAGAAGCCCAGCUCAGAGCUUUGGGAAACAAAUCACUGCCUAGACUCUCAAACAAAGAUGUAUUUGAUGAGAGUACUGAUCUUAAAAUAAAACUUCAGUCACUCAAUGAUAAGGUUUAUUUACUAGAAUCUGAAAAACGCAGUUUGGAAAAAAAAGCUCUCUCAAGAAGUAAAAGUUUUGAAAGAGUUGAUCAUGAUGGAAAAUAUGUUCAUGGUAGUCCUUUUUAUGUUGAACAUCGAGAAUUGAAAACUAAAUGUGAAGAUUUAGAAAAAAAAUUAUAUGAAAAGGAGCAAGAGUUAAAAAAUAUGAAAAUAUCCUCUAUAGAUUACUGCUCCACAAUUCCUGUAAAAUAUACAGAUUUGGAGCGUUAUCGUGCAGGACAGUUACAAGCUGAAAGAAUGUUGGAAGCACGAGAGCAAUCACAUAGACAACAAAUACAUAGAUUAGAAAAUCAAGUUGCUUUAUUGAGGGAUCAGUUGGCAGAAGAAACUAAGAGACGUCAAGCAUAUAUUAAUAAAACUGCCAAAGCAAGUCGUGAGGCAAUGGCAUUACGACAAGCUCUUGAUAAGUCUUUGACUAAAAUAGCUCAAGAUCCAUCACCAGAUGCUACAUUAUUAAAACAUGAAGCACAUACUCUGCACCAUGCAAUUCCACUACCUAAAUAAUUAUUAAAAAAUUAUUUUGCAAAUUAUAUGAUAAUUAAUGAUUAUAAUUUACUUACUAAAAAAGCACAAUUAAAACUAUACAUAUUUUUAUAAUUUUUUAUUAUAUAUUAAGUUAUUUAGAUAGUUAAAAUUUUAUUGUAGAAAAUUG